UAUGAGGCGCUCGAGGUCCAGGCGAACGCGACGCUCGACGACAUCAAAAAAGCAUACCGCAAGCUCGCGCUGGUGCUGCACCCGGAUCGCAACGGCGGCGAGGAGGCGCGCUGUCCCCCGGCCCCGCGUCGCAAGCGCAGCCGGCUGCUCCUCGCGUGA